AUGGGUAAUUAUGACGUCUCCACCGUGGAGCUCUACGACUUCUUCUGCUCUCCUGGUAAACGGAGAGCACUGGAAGUGUUGAAGACGUACAACGCGGCGAUGGACUGGAUCACCUUGGCUGUGAUCGUCUGGAACUUCGGGGUGGUAGGGAUGAUCUGUAUCCACUGGAAGGGGCCUCUCCGUCUGCAGCAGGCCUACCUCAUCAUGAUCUCUGCUCUCAUGGCUCUGGUCUUCAUCAAGUACCUUCCUGAGUGGACGGCCUGGCUCAUCCUGGCCGUUAUAUCUGUCUAUGAUCUGCUAGCAGUGCUCUGCCCCAAAGGUCCUCUACGUAUCCUCGUGGAGACAGCCCAGGAGAGGAACGAACCCAUCUUCCCUGCUCUCAUCUACUCCUCGACCAUGGUGUGGCUGGUCAACAUGGCAGACACUGGCCUCGGACACAGACCAAUGACCAGGAAGAACUCAACAGAGGCCCCCAUCACUCAGGUCGAGAGUCAAUCCCUGGCUCUAGGCCCGGCCCCUCUCAGCCCCCCGGAGGAUGAUGGAGGGUUCACCCCUAACUGGAUGGGGCAUCAGGAGCAUCAGCUGGGACCCCUUCAGUCCACAGACGAGACCCGUCGGGAGAUUCAACAGCUCCCCUCUGCCAGACCACCCGUAAUGGACGAUGAUGACGAGGAGAGGUACCAGUCUCGUCUGGUGUUCUGUGCCAUCGAUAACGAGGCCUACCCAGACUACCUGUGCUCCGCCUUGCCACGCCCCCUCACCAACCGCACCUGCAACACUCAGCAAUGUCCUCAGACUCAGAGCUGGUCGACAGGUGAAUGGAACGUGUGCUCUGUAUCGUGUGGCGGCGGAUCCCAGGUGCGCAGUGUGCAGUGUGUCUCCUAUGAUGCAUCAGGGCCCCGUGUGGUGGAGGACGCUGUCUGUGCAGCCUACGCCCUCACACCGCCCACCCUGCAGACCUGCAACAUGCAGCGUUGUGUCUCCUGGAGGGCCUCUGUCUGGAGUGCGUGCUCAGUAACAUGUGGGACAGGGGAUCAGUCCAGAGAGGUGAUGUGUGUCGGAGCAGCAUCAGUCCAGCUUAGCAGACACCUCCUGCAUCGCCUCACUCCGCCCUGUAGCCGCCAGCCCUGCUCCAUGCCCGCAUGCCUACUGUCUGUCAGCUGGCACGUUGGAGACUGGGGACUGGUGAGUGUGCUCUAA